CUAGGUUUGAUCAGGAGUGAAACAGCCUCGUACCCCCCCCCCCCCCCCCGAGCUCCAGCCAACAAGUCCCGUGUAACCGAGACAAACAGCCGGGAAGGCUUCGCAGCGCGGCGGCCGCGGCGCCUGGCUGCCAGACGGGAGCUGGCGGUCCCGGCAGCCUCUCGCUUCUCCCCCUUGUAAGUUUCCUGCGACGUGGAUCGAGUCGGGUCCCAGCCAGCGGCGUCUCCCUUCCCGCACGCUGGAUUCACGGCGGCACCUGCUUCCACGGGACAUCGACGAGCGUGACAUGGAGAGGCGACGCGAAGGGGACCCCCGGUUCCUAGGAGGCUGCCAGCCCCUGUAGGUUUACAUGGAGCAUUCCUGGCGCGCCCUGGCUGCGGUCGGACCCUACAGGCAGCUGGUGAGAGCUCUGCUUGUUCUGUAAAGUGGAUGUCAGGUGGAUCUAUGGUCUCGAAGGAACAAAGAGCAAACGAAGGGAAAGCCGCGGAAGUUUGAGCCGGGAGGAUGCAGGCUGUGUAUUGGUACGCGGUGCUUCUGCUGCAGCCUACUCUCUACCUGGUCACAUGUGCAAAUUUAACAAAUGGCGGGAAAUCAGAACUUCUAAAAUCAAGCAGCUCCAAAUCCACACUAAAGCACAUAUGGACAGAAAGCAGCAAAGACUUGUCCAUCAGCCGACUGCUAUCACAGACUUUUCAUGGCAAAGAAAAUGAUACAGAUUUGGACCUGCGAUAUGAGGCCCCAGAAACGUAUUCUGAGCAAGAUCUCUGGGAUUGGCUGAGGAACUCCACAGAUCUUCAAGAGCCUCGACCCAGAGCAAAGAGACGGCCCAUUGUCAAGACUGGGAAAUUUAAGAAAAUGUUUGGCUGGGGCGACUUUCAUUCCAACAUCAAAACUGUGAAGUUAAACCUUUUAAUAACUGGGAAAAUUGUUGAUCAUGGCAAUGGGACGUUUAGCGUUUAUUUCAGGCACAAUUCCACUGGCCAAGGGAAUGUAUCUGUGAGCUUGGUACCCCCAACCAAAAUAGUGGAAUUUGACUUGGCACAACAAACGGUGAUUGAUGCCAAAGAUUCCAAGUCCUUUAACUGUCGCAUCGAAUAUGAAAAGGUCGACAAGGCUACCAAGAACACACUCUGCAACUAUGACCCUUCAAAAACAUGUUAUCAGGAGCAGACCCAAAGUCAUGUGUCAUGGCUCUGCUCCAAGCCCUUUAAAGUAAUCUGUAUUUACAUUUCCUUUUAUAGUACAGAUUAUAAACUAGUACAGAAGGUGUGUCCUGAUUACAACUACCACAGUGACACGCCCUACUUCCCUUCGGGUUGAGAAUGAACAACAUGUGUCGGAGACUCAAGCCUGAGGAAUAAAAGAGGUUAUAUGACAGGGCUGUUACCUCAAAGAAGAAGGCUACCCCUAUUGCCUGGAAUGUGUCUACACUCUUCUGCUGCUGUCAACUGGCUGAAAAUAUGUUAGUGGAAAACAAUCUAAUGUAAUUUCUGCCCAGUCAGCUCCAUGUAUCAAUCUAGUUGUAAAUCACUAUGGAUUCGAAAUAAAACCACACAGACAUGCACUCUUUUCAGCUCACCUCUAUUAAGAUUCCUGUUAAGAGGGCUUUCAUUGUCUGAUACAUAAUGUUUCAGGAUAACCUAUCAUCAAGCCAAAAGGAUUAACUAGACAGAGAAUGGUUUCUAACACAAACUGUUUUGGAAAUCAACGUUAACGUCUUGAAUACAUGCCAAUCAAUAACCCCCACUCAUGCAUUCUACUGCUUAGACUAGCUGUACUGGUAAAUAAUACUAUAGGAGUAAAUGCUGGUUAAAAUGGGGGUGGGGGAAGUGUGUCUAGAAUUCAGUAUUCCUCAUUAUAUGAACACAGCAAAGUAUAGUGACUUUUUUCCAGCAUUCAGUAGGCACAUUCAAGGUGGCGUUAGGUGGCUCUUUUUCUGUGGAGGGAGCCUAUUACUAGUAAAGAUAAGCAGACAUUUGGAAUUUACAUGUGGGCAGACAUUAUUGUUACAUAUUUCUUCACUGAACAUUUAAAAUGGCAGAGUUGAGACCAGCUGAGCUACUUAAAAACUCUCCAACUGUUCUGCAAGAAGGAAAAUGCCCGAUAGACAACAUGUAAGUUAUAAGUGGCUGUUUUAUCUUUAUUACAAAUAUUGUAACAAAUUCAGUAUCCUAGUCUUCAUUUGUAUGAAUGGUUUGUAUUGUACAUAGUUUAACCAGUGUUAUUUGAGCUGCUUAUUAAUAUUAACUUGUAAUUGUCUCUCUGCUUGUUAUUGGUUAAAAACAAUCAAGGAAAUGAGGAAUCCAUUUUAUCAAUGUAGCUGUAAACUCCAUUAAAAAGACAGAAUAAUGUACAAAGCAUUUAUUCAGCUAAAGUAUUGUUGAGAGCUAUACAUAUACAACAUUACAAUCUGUCUGUAUUUAGAUAUUUUAUUUCCAGACAAAAAAUGAACUGUAUAUAAAAAUAAAAUACUUAAAGUUGAGUUUCAA